AGUCGCCCCCCCGCGUCGUCCACCGACGGACGCCUGCACGCCAGUACAAGCCCGCCGUCGCGUACACGCCCUCUCUCCCUGCCUACCCAUACCAGUGUAGAAAGUGGAUAGUGCGUGAGUCGGAGGGUAGCGAGCAGUGGUGUGUUAGCCUUGACUGGCGUGGCUGACACACCAACAAGGAUCACGACCUGACACAAGAUACUGUAUCUGACCCUCAGCGUCAGCCUCCUGCACGAUGAGUGUAGUGUAGUGUACGAGAGAGCGGCGGGCAGGCAGGGCUGAGUGUAGCGGGCAGCGGGCCACUAGUGGAGUAGAAGGGCAGCGUGAGGCAUGAGUGUAAGGAGGAUGGUGUGGCCGGGGCGGGUGAGGUGUCAGGAGAGCCCAGGUGCCCUGGGUAGUGCCGCCGUCGUGUGCCUCCGUCACCGUGGUGUGCCUGCACCGUGCCCGCCACUCAACGCAACACCCACAAUCAACAUGUAACCUUCACCCCACACCCACACAACCAAGUCUUCCAUAUAUGUGAUGUAGGUUAAGUUCUCGCUGAUAUCAGCAACCAAGUCUUCCAGUCAUAGCCUUCCUGCCCAAGUUGGGACUUAGGUUAGCAAAUUGUAACGCUGAGUCAAGUUUAGCGUGUCAAGUGUGUGAACGACGACGAUAGCCUGCCUGUAUCUCUGAUGGUCACUGACCCCACACACGCGCACCAGCUCAACACUACACGUACUGUAGUGGCGCGCCUCAACCAGGAACUGCCCGUACCCACCACUCGGUCCAGGGUACACGACCACGGCUCACACCCACCAUGGUCACACACCCAUGUGGGUUCUUCCCUGGAGAAUGAGUGUUAGAGUAAGCUGAGGUUGGUGUUAGCCUGCAGUGAGCCUCAGUAGAGUACAACCUUCUAUCUGACACUUGAUAUAUUAUAAGUUAGUGUACACCACGCGUGCUGCCACCCUCUUAAGAGGCCCCACACGUGUAAGGUAGGCGGGUCUGGUGGUGGCGGGCGGGCCACAUGGCGACACCCACUGGUUCGGUGGGUGAUGUGGGUGGUGGGGAGGUGAAGGGCGGAAGGGUGGUGGGCGGAGGAGGCCCCUGGCAGCAGCUAGUAGCCUCCCUACUGGCACAACACACGGCACUCCUACACAAGCUAGCCGCCGCUGCCCCGCCCUCUCCUGCUGCUAUUAUACCCACUGGAGACUCGCCCGCGCCCCAACGCCCGCUGCACUACCCACAUCCACGCUCCCCGGCCCUCAGCCUUGGACACUACGCCCGCAGAAACUGGCGUAACAGACGCAACAGACAGCGCAAAAAAUUGAGACGGUUUUAUAACAACAGCAAAAACAAUAAUAAUAUUGUUAAUGCCAACAACAAUAACGGCCACAACAACCAGAGCAGCAGCAGUAACAGCACCAGCAGAGGUGGCAAGAAGUGGAGAGGCGGAUGGUCAGGUCGCAACCCCGCCCCACCUCCCACCACCACUACCACCACCACCACACACGUCCGACGAACACUGCGCUCUGUGGUCAGUGUUCGAGAAACUCAUGCAGUUGCUGAGGCACAACAGGAGAAGAACUCACGUCUGAAGGAAGCCUUUGGCAUUUCUGAGUUCUUUGUGGAGGGUUCAUCCCUAGACCCAAACAGACGGGCUAAAGAAGAGUUGGCUCGGGCUGCAGCGGAGAAACAGAAGGCAACAACAGAGGGAUUGGGGGCUGAGGCAGGCAAGAAGUACGGUUGGGUGCACACUCCCUCACCCUCUCCUGAACGUUCCUCCAAGAAAGAGAAAAAGGAUAAGAAAAAGAAGAAGAAGAGGAGCAGGGACCGGUCUUCAAGUGCUGAGUCUCGUAAAAAACAUAAAUCUAAGAAGAGCAAACGUAGCAGGAGCGAGUCACCGAAACGUAAGAAGCGGGACAAGAAGAAGAAAAAAGAAAAGUCAAAGAGGCGCCAUCGUUCCUCUUCCACCUCCUCUUCAUCAUCCACUUCUUCAGCGUCUUCAUCAUCCAGCUCUGACUCUGACAGUGCGGUAAGGAGCAAGUCUAGCAAACGACGACGUUCACGCAGCCCGGCCACCCAGCGGGACACCACAGAGUCCCGCCGUAAGAGAAGCAGAAGCCGUGAGAAGUCUCGCAAGAGGCCACACCACCGUGCAGAGAGCUCUCCAGAGGCUCCACGAUCUCGUACGAAGCAGCAGCAGCAGCACAGUUCAGAUGUUGAAUCCUCACCAGAUAAACGCACUGCACGACAUCAAGAUGCUCUGUCCUCAAACCAACAGACAUCCAAAACCAGUCCGAGGGAUAAUAACAGGGGGAGAGAAAGUCACAAAGAAAAGGAAAGUGACAAGCAAACGGAAAAUCAGAACAGUAUAUCCCUAUUCCAAGACAGAGAUCAAGUUCAAGACAUAAUUAAACAGAAGAGCAGGAGCAGAAGUAGAAACAGAAGUGGGGAACAGAAGCUUGAUUCUCCUUGGAGGAUUUCAUCAAUACCAGGAUCAACGGAAGGUCAUGAGUGCGAAGGAACCGAGAAGGCUACCAAACUGGAGGUCACAGGCAGUGAAAGGCAAAGCAGCAGUGACCUGAGCUUCUCACCUUUACACUGUAAAUCACAGAGAUAUACUGCUUCUACAGAGGCCUCUAUGCUGAGAUCUCUGUCUCGCUCAGCUAGCAAGUCUCCACUCAGGGUUUCUCCAGGACAGGAAUCUCAUGAAAGUAUGAGGGUGAACCUUACAAGUUGUGGGUCAAUCCCUUUACCAAAAGUAGGUAGCCCAAGUAAAACUUUAGGAGAUAUACAAAGCCCAAAGUGGAGUCAGAAUCAGUCUCUAUCAGCUAAACUAUUAGACAUCAAUGACACCUUGAUAAGAUCAAAUGAGUCAGCCAGUGUACGGAGCUGUGGACCUCAAGAUUUGCCACGUCUCCCACAGAAUGGUCGCCAUACUGGAGGACCUUCAACCAACAAGUCUCCAGUACCACACUCAAGUGGUGUAGCAGCGGUGUCUCCAGCUCAUAGCAGGUAUUCCAGAAGCUCCAGCAGGGGAAGGUCAUCAUCUCGCAGCAGCCGCAGUUCUCGCUCGCGAUCUUCGUCACGUUCCCACUCACCAUCAUUAAGGUCCCGCUCACCUUCACCACGCUCGCGCUCACCUACUUCUCGUUCUAGAUCUCCCAGGUCUCGCUCCCCUCGUUCUCGGUCUCGGUCACAUUCACAUUCAAGGUCCAAUUCCCCACAAUCAAGGUCAAGGUCACGGUCAUAUUCCAGAUCCAGGUCACAUUCCAGGUCAAGAUCAAGACGGACAAGGUCAAGAUCUAGGUCUCGGUCAUAUGGCCAUUAUAGUCGAUCAGUCUCAAGAUCCCGUUCAAGGACGAGAUCUCGAUCCCGAUCACUGUCCAUCCCACGCAGGAGAGGAUCCCCAUCAUUCUUGGACAAAAGAAGGAUCACCAGUGCAAGGAAACGACCUGUUCCCUAUCACCGGCCAACGCCCCCUCCCUCCCCAUCAUCCUCCGAGUCAUCUUGGUGGUCGCGCAGUCGCAGUCGCAGCAGAACUCGUAGCAGAUCGUGGAGCCGUACUCGUUCUCCCUCCUACAGUAGGUAAUCAGCUAGAACGCUUUACUUGUCUUGUAAAAAAAUGAAAAAAGAAAAAAAAUUCAUAUAAUGCAAAAAAAAAGGUGAAGCUUCUAGUGACUCAUCACAAGGUUAGCAGAGAUAAACUAUAUUAAAAUGGAAAGAAUUGCUCUAUGGAAUUAGACAAAAGCAAGUGAUAUUUUAUCCUUUAUAAAAUCCUGAAGGAAUCUAUGCUGGUGUUGAAGAUCUUUGUUAUUUUUCAUAAUGUGGAACAGCAGUACUUUCAAAGUAAGUAUAUUGAUGUAUAUUUUCAUAUGCAGACAUAUAUACUACUGCUUUUCAAUGUUUGGAAAACUCGAUAAUGUAGAAAUAGAAGAAGCUGUUGUCCAAUUUCUUUUUAAAUUUGAAGUCAAUUAGAACACAAAAGAAGUUAUCUGUAACAACAGUAGAUCCAUAUAAUAUUGUUGUAGUAAUCCUUACUUUCAGGAUAUGGGUGUAACCUAUAUCAGAUCUUGAAUGUGAACAUCACUUCAGUAUUGUAAUUUGAAAAAGGAAGUGUACUUUGAAAAAGUCUUCAUUUAUAGUGCUUUCAUAUUCACUUGACUGAGGGUAUUAUUAAUGUACUGUAUUUGUAUAAUAUGUACAUGGCAUGACCUAACCAUGCUGCAGAACUUACCUACUGGAGGGGAGAGAACAAAAUAUCUUUGGGUAGCCUUUGCUUAUGUGACAAUUUCUUUUUCUUUUCUGAUUGUGUAGGUUAGUUCAUUGUCACUGCUCGGUAUUUUAUUACAACCAGCCUUACUUGCCUUAGAGACUAUGACCAAUUGAAAUUAUGCACUUCAAGGCUUUUAGUUCAAUUUAAAUAGGGUCAGGUAACAAGAAGAUUGAAUUAAGUUAUGGUAGGUCAAAUAAUAUUGAAUUAUGUUAGUUCAAAUACUCAUGUAUUGUGGCAUUUGUAAUACUGUAUGGGAAUGAGUGAAGUGUAUGAAAUAAAUUUCAAGUUGACAGUGAUCUGAUAAAGCUGUGUGUUAAAAGGAUUCAGUUAUGACAUUAACACUGUAGAAGUAAUGUUAACACUCUUCCCCAAUGACUGUUUAGCUGUAAUUUAUUUGUGUAUAUAAAUGUGCUUCUAUUUCAAAUAGGACACUUAUAAAUGUUACACUUCUGCUGAAAAGACAUGCAUUAACAAACAUCAAAAAUGUACCAGCUUGCAUUCUAUGAAUAUUCAGUUUACAUUUAAUAAAAUAUAUUUUUAUUGACAACUCUCAGUUCAGAGGCUAAUAGAGAAUUUCUUUGUAAGCCAGUCCCCCCACCGUUUAUAUACCAUGUACUGUAUGUAUUUGGAAACAGAGCACAGGUUUCUGACCUUAUCAUGUUAUCUGUACCUGGGUAGUCAAUUUUUGCAUAGGAACCUGGUUUUUGCUGUUAUUUUAUACUGUACUGUACUGUACAUGGUCCAGACAACGAUAUUGUUCACUUUAUUAACAAGAUCCAUCAGUAUUCAGAUAUUUUCUGUUAGAAAAUGUUAAUAAAAUUUGAUCUGUCCAUUGUGAAAUGGCUAAGUGAUAAACUUACAGAAGUUAUAUUCUAGUCAUAAUAGGAAUGUUAGUGCUAGUGCCAGUCAUAUAGUUCUCAGUAAAUCCAUAAAAUUAUGCUAGUCAUGAAAUAUUGCUCAAUGCAAUUGAUGUAUGUUAUGGAAAACCUGAAAGUCUGAGAUAAUAAUGUACAGUGGUGUAUGUUGGACAGUGCAAUGAACAGUUAAGACAACAAUAUUUUAAUAAUGCAAUGGUUGAGAGAAAAUCAGUAAUUUGUCACAAUGUUGUUCUGUUUAGUAGACUCAGAUGUGAUAUCUUAGUACAGAAUCCUAUUGUUCAACUACAAAUACUUAUCCAAGAAUACUCAGCAAACAACUUGGUGCAAUAUUUGUAUAGAAUUAGAUAUUGAGAUUUCAUAGUUUAUGUAAGAAGAAUUAGAAGAGAUUCUCCCGUCUACAGUGAGAAAGAAAUAUGAUGGCCCAUUACUUAAGUUUCUGAAUCUUCAGAUCAAAUGGAAGCCAAAGCCCACUUAGUACUUAAUUAUUUAUUAUAAUAUAUAAUUUGUUUAGCUUACGGAAUAUUUAAUAUUUAUUAACAACUUAGUUGUAUUUUAAUGUAUGUUAGUUUGUACAAAAGGUAUUUAUGGUGUUCACUUUUAGUCAUGUUCAGUUAAUUUAUUUAUUUAUUUAUUUAUUUAUUUAUAUACCUUACAAUUUCUCUCUUUUUUCUAGUCACAAUAUUUGCCAGAAGUUUCAAAACAAUCUUAAGUGUUGGAAGGUGUUCAUAGUUUAACUGCAUAUUUUCUGUUAUUUAGUCAGUACACAAAAAUAGGCAUCUCAUGUGUUUUUUGUGGUUACAGUGGUACUUUAUGUCUAGUCAAUGCAAGCUAUUUUAACAGUAUUGUGUUGUGGCAAUAGAAAAUAGUCCACUAAUGAUGGACAUUUGUGAAAAUUGUUAUAACAUUUGAUUCUGUAGAUAGUGUUAUUUAAGCCUUUAAAGUAUUGCGUGGAAGAACUUUGCUGAUAAAUGGCCUGUGAAUUUACCUGUACAUAUCUCAGGAAAACUGCCCUGUUCUUACACCAAGAUCUUAUUUUGGUUAAGUUGGGUAGUUUUGAGAGUGCAAAGGUGCCUCUGGCUGCUGCUGCUAAAAUUCUCAUUGCCAUUCAGAACUUUUCAUUCCAAUAAUUUUGGUUAUUCUUGACAUAUACUCAAGAUUAUUUUUUUAUCUGGGAAUUAAACAAAUAACUAACUGCUAUCAGAAUCAUCUUCUCUCCCAGAGGAUCAUUUUGCUAUUCUCGUUGAGCCAGGUAAAGGUGUGGCUUUGUUAGACUGCUGCCCCUUUAAGCCACUGUUUAGAUAUUCUUGUGGUUUACUACUGUAGGCCAUUAACCAGCUUUUUUCUCAUCAUUUGCAUACUGUAUUAAUUUUAUGAGUUACCAAUAGAUUUAUUUGAUUCUUCAGAAUUCCCUAUUAAACAGUGAAAAAAUUUUCAAGUAAUGGCUUGAAAGUUUGUCCACAACCUGAAAUGUUGCAGGUGUAUUGUCCUCUCCUUGCCAUUCUUGAAUUAUUGUGAUGUGAUGUACAACUUUGGACUGGUUUGAUUAUAAACCAGUUGUACUGAGCAAAGCACAUUCAUUUCUCAUCUGGCCCCUGUGGUGUCUCCCCAGUGUAGAGUUGUGUGAUUUCCUUAGUAAAUAGAGAAUAACACUGAAUAUA